AUCAACGAAGAUGGAAAUGGCGACGAAGACCGAUAGCAGAGCGGAGCGAAGGCAAAAAAUUAGGAGCAAAGAAACGGAUCGAAUGGCUCUCAUCACCGGCCGUUUACGAACUCUACCUCCCUCGCCUCCGCCUUCUCCUUCUUCACCGUCUCCAUUUCUUCAAUAUCAAAUUCACCAACGCGGCCAUUCGCACACCGGAAUCUCACCGUCGUUCUUAUCCAAGGAGCUCCAAAAGAAUCCAGACUCCCUUCCCCUCCGUCCCGUCCACGCUAUUCCGAAGCUUAAAGAUGGAACGGCUGUCCCUUUACCGAAGCAUAUGCCCAUCAAUGAAGUCCAAGAAGAAAAAAUUACAGCCACAGGAUUCCAAAUCAAUGAUAAAAAAAUCGACCCCAUUGGAGAAGUAUGCAAAGAAAUGAUAUCUCCAUCUGCCUUACCAAUGGUUCAGAAAGCCACCAUUGUUAACGAGCCACUGUCAAAACCACAGCCUUCAAAGCCUAGAAUCUUCACUUCAAAACGACUAAAUGUCUCCAUUUUAGCUUCUCAAACCAAACGAGUUUUCUGUUCACUAAUCAUCGCUUCUUUGGCCAUUCUAUCGCAUGUCGAUCACCCGCUCUUCACGAUUAGGAACAUUGUGAGUUCGGAGAGUGUGAUGGCCUCAAAGCCUCUCUACAUUCUACUGCUCACCAACGUAACAAUCGUAGUGGCGAGAAUGUUGGCUGACAGGCAGAAACACGGUGGGGAGGCAGAGGAAGAAUGCGAGAAGAUGAAGGAAGAUGGACAGAACUGGGAGUCAGCUGUGAAAGUUUUGGAGAGAGGUUUGGUGUUUUACCAAGCUUUUCGAGCGAUUUUCAUUGAUUUUAGUGUUUAUGCAGUGGUGGUCAUUUGUGGCCUCUCUUUGCUAUAGCUUGUCUCUGGUUUUGAUCCAGUGAACCAUCUUCAGUUCUUUGGAGCCCUUUGCAGAUGGAUCCCAUUUUCAAAAAUUGUUGUCUUCAUUUGUUUCUUUCUUUUAAAGGUACAUAACUACUCGAGGCACCAUUUUGGUGUGGCUGCCUAUGCCCAAUCUUAGUUGUUAAUUAUUUGAAAUGCUUAAAAUUCAUCUUCUUUUUC